AUGAGUACUAUAAAUAAUUCAAUUUUAUCCACCUUGAAGGAGAAACCACAACGCUAUAAAAAGCACAGAAAGCACACUCGAGCAGCCAAAGCUUGUAGCAGCUGCCGAACCAAAAAAACCCGAUGUCUCUGGGUUAAUGGGACAGUGAAAUGUUUGCGGUGCUUAUCUUUAAAUAUUCCGUGCUCACUGGAAAAGUCGCAUGAAUCGGUAUCAAACACGGGAAAAGAAGAAGGGCAGCGGGAAGAUUCGGGCAUAGAAAUCAGGGGGGAUCGUGAUAAGAGGUUGGACGAGAUAUCGGACGAUGUCAAAAGCUUAAUCGAGCUUUUCAAAAGGAGAGUACCUACUUCCCGAACUGAAAUAUUACCAACGCUUGAUAUUGCACGAAACCAGUCGAAAUUCUCGGAGUCGCAUAUUCCCAUCAACAUGACUGGCGAUCUAAACGGAGUGGCAUCAGCAUCAUCGAUGAAUAUGAUGGCUAUUCUGGCCAUGAAGCAGAGUAAUGGCAAUGCAGUGGGGUUCGAAAACUCGUUACCACGCACAAUUCUGGCUGGAAUGGGGUAUGUAGGCACAGAGUCUGCGAUCCGAUCUACGAACCCGGUCAUUACCGGUAUUUUGAGUCGGCAGGAAGGAACUGAGCUGCUAAGAAUCUUUACAGACCGUUAUGGACGUUGGAUAUCGUUUCCGGAGUCAUACAAAACCGAGAAUAUAUAUGAAAAGACACUUUCCCGAUGUCCGCUUCUCUUCACCGUUAUGUGUGCCUUAGCACUCAAGUACGGAGAUCCGGUGCUGAAGGAAAGAUGCUAUUUGCGGCUUUUACGAGUAAUUAAGUAUGACCUUUCGCAAACAAUGCUGAAUCCGCCUCUCUGCCUUGAAUACAUCCAGGUGCUUGUCAUACUUUCAUUGUAUGGCACAAACCUCAGCGAAUCGUUGUCUGUGGAUUUGUGUCUUGACAGCUGGGAACUUUCAUCACAAGCUCUUUCUAUAUUCAUGAAGAUGAACAGACUUGGUCUCUACAGCAGAUUGUACUCUGUGGAAGAUGUCGAACCGGAAUUUAACGAGUUGACCGUUCAUCGCAUUUGGAAUAUCAUGGUUCUCGUCCAUUUGGCAUACUGCCUUCUUCUGGGCAGAAAGUCCAACUUCUCUCUUGCCGUAUUAUGCACGAGAGAUGUAUCGCAGUUCGGCAUGUCGACAAAAUUCGACUAUCGAAUAGUGUCAGAGUGCUCGAUCUACUCUGCAAUCUACAAGUUCACAAUACUAAACGCCAGCCGGCAGACAACAGUCGAGGAGAUUGAGAAUUGGAUGCACCACUGGGAUUUCAUGUUUGGAAAACCCUUGAACCAGUUCAUAGAGAUCGAUUUUCACUGGGUGUGGAUUCUACUGUAUCUGAAGGAAGGUGGCUUUACUUUCAAUGGUCAAUCUCUUUCCUUUACAGUUGCUGGAGAUGCAUCCAGCUCUGCUGAGGAUUCAAAGCUUCAGGCAAUGGAAGAUCACGCAUACAAGAUUCUGGAGCUAAUAGAUACCAUCAAGGAUGAUUCAUAUUUUGCAUUUCUCUCCGAUCAGAUCCAUCUAAUAGUGUUUUUCGUGUCAAUAGUAUCGAUUGAGUUGCUUUCUUACAGAAUAAACAAGUCGAAAGAACUAAUGACGGCAGUAAAAGAAUCUGCUACAGGGAAAGUACUAGUUCUACUAUUACGAUAUAUCUACAGGUUGCGUAAAGUUUCUACAACGAACGAGCAUCCUUUCUUCAAAUUCAGUACGAUUCUUGAGCAGUCACUCACGUCAAAAUUCAACAAACAGGAUCUUGAAGCAACCGGACUGUAUUCGGAAAAUGCCGGAAUAUCGGGAACACCGUACACUUUCGAAGAUCCCGGAGAUGAAGAGGAAGAAGCUCAGGAAUUAGGACAGUUAUAA